UGAUCUCGUAAUCAUGGCUGGGCGUUGGGACUGGACUUUUUCCAUCACGUUCAUGAUUACGCCAGGUGGUCGAUACGAGUUGCUUCAAACCCCAGCGGAUGACACGCAGUCAUGAGCCGAACCAGACUGCGCAUCGCGGUUUGGCUAGCAUGCCUCGCCGUGGAUAUGACAGCAGCAUCGGCCUCCAUACAACUUGUCGCCGUGUCGAAUGCGACUUCACCCGGGGUAACAUCGCCAGCCCCCCUUGACCCGGCAGCAGCCGCAAUGGAGCAGAUGGCAGCCUCAUUAUCCCCAUGCGCAUUGAAUUGCACAACGACUGAGGUCGCAAAGUCAUCCUGUAACGCAACCGACUUCGCGUGUAUUUGCGCGAACCAACUGCUCAACAGAAACAUUGGCGCAUGUUUGGCACAGAAUUGCACCGUGACUGAGUCUCUACAGGCACAGAAAUACUCGAAAACGUCUUGUAGAGUACCCAUUCGUCGCAACACGGAUCAAGCUCCCAUCACUUGGACUCUCUUCUCUAUUGCCUUGGUGGCUCUAGCUGCUCGACUGAUCUCCAAAAUCCCCUCUCUCAAUCCUGCGUUUUCGUUCGGCUGGGAUGACUGGUUAAUCCUUGCUUCCACGUUGGUGCUGAUACCAGCAGACAUCGGAUCGCAAAUAUUGAUUGGCAUAGGCUUGGGACAGGACAUAUGGAUGGUAACGCCAGACAAUAUUACCCAGAUACUCUUGCUCUUUUUUGUGGAGGAGCUCCUCUACUCAUUUGUCGUCGCUGUCACCAAGCUGUCAAUUCUCAUCUUCUAUCUGCGUCUAUUCGCCGAGGCCUGGUUCCGUAUUGUUUGCUAUGCUAUGAUAGGAAUUACCACAGUCUAUGGCGUUGGGCAGAUACUAGGUAUCGUCCUCGUUUGCUCACCAGUCAGCUACAAUUGGACUCAAUGGGAUGGGGAGCACCAAGGAAGAUGCGGAAACGUUAGUGUCAUGGCAUUUAUCAAUGGCGGAUUGAAUAUUGCCAUCGACCUCAUUCUAUUCAUCCUGCCGGUCACUCAAUUCAUCACUGUCUCCUGGACUCUCAAGAAAAAGAUUGGUGUCAGCCUCAUUUUUCUGGUCGGUCUAUCGGUGACGGCCUCUAGUGGAAUCCGGUUAGCUACAUUGGCAAAGUUCGGCGGAACUCAAAAUCCAACUUAUGAUUACAAAGAACUGUCGAUUUGGUCGCUGGUUGAGAUGCAUAUGAGUGUCAUCUGCGCGUGUAUGCCGGGGAUGACUUCUUUUAUUCGACGCGUAUCCCCCCGAAUGUAUCGAUCGAAGCAGUAUACUCCCCAGCCGCGAACAGGGCGCUCCGUCGCUCGCCGGAUUCAAGACACUUUGGCACGCAUCACUACAACCAGGAUCACGGUCAAUCGCUCAGGCUGGGAGAGCUCACGAGCAACCGGGAAGAGCAGUGGCACGGAGAGCUCAACCACUACCAGCCCAAGACCAAAUGAGUACAAAGACUACUUGGCUUACGCAUCAUACGCGGACGGGGAGGAAAGGGGAACUGAGUUGGGCACGUUGAGGAGUAGAGAAGUUACAUAAACAUUGAUUAACUUGUCGCAGUAACUUAAUACGAGAAGAACGCAUAGUUGAGAAAGAAUC